AUGAUAAGGACUAGGACUAGGGCGGUGCAGAAUACCGGAAAGUUCUACGCGUGCGUCUCGAAGAGACAGCUCAUGGGGUUUGUGCGCAACGCGCUAGGGUUGGACCCGCCUCCGUCGCCAGACGAGCCCACUGAACAGAACAGAUUCCACCCGUGGGACCAGUCCCCAGCGGUAGACCUGAGAGAGCGCGCCGCAAGGAUAAAGACGCUGGCCAAGUGCCCCGUGACACACAAACCCAUCCAGUACACAUGCCCCAUCUCUGGUAUCCCGACACACCACUCCCGCGAGGCCUGGGAGCAGGACAAGGAGUACCACGCAUCGAAGAAGUACGAGAUCCUGAAGAAAGUCAACAUCUAUGAGCACGACCUGAGAAGCGGCAGACCGUUCCCAGAGUUCGACUUCCCAAGAGACCAAGGCCCCGACAGGACCGUCAACUUGACCAAUUGGGACCUGUUCCUGUACACCAGGUCCUUCUACUCCAUGGACACAGAGUUCCAGCUCGCCGCAGUGACCAAGAUGCUGAGCUACCCGAUCACCAUCGGGUCUGUGCUCCACCAGUUCUCCCCUUACUCUUUGAACCCGAAGGGGCCCAUCACUUUGGAGGGCCUGAAGUCCCUGGCCGCACUCCGCUACACCUUGUACCCGCUCCAGAACAGAGCAGUCACUACAACCGCAAAGAACAAGCCCAUGCGUAUCUUCAUACUCGGAGCCCGUGCCGAGGCCCAGCUGCCCGGCCACGUCUGGAAACAACUGCAGUUCCUGUUCCCACAACAGAACUUCGAAAUCCACUUCAUCGGACCAGAGUCCCUGUACGACAGAGAGCGCAACGAAUACAUCAGAUCUGCCACCGCGAACGGAGAGACCGCCGCCGACGGCACCACUUCCUCCAUCCCGGUCACUAAACGUAUCGACGAAACCAUGAAGUUCUUCUACCACACAGACUACUUCCACACCUUGCACACCGCCCAGGACUUCUUCCCAUACGACCCAUACCAGGACGUGUUCUUCAUGUUCCACCCUGGCCUGGCCUCCCCUGAGUCCAAGGACACCUGGAUGAAGGACACCGUCAAGGGCCUGCUGGACACAAAAUGUGCCAUAUUCACAACAGGGUUCAACAAGAAGGAUAUGGCCGACGACAUCCAGAUCCUCCAGGACACGUACGGCAAGGAAAUGGACAUGCUGAUGAACCCAGUAAAAAACGUCUUCGGAUCAACCAAAUGGGAACUCGACGACAGCGACCCUCACUCAGUGUACCAGUUCAACAUGUACAUAGCAGGUUUCAGAGGUAAGAGAUACCAUCCAAUCAAAGUAUAG